AUGGAUAUCGUGGCCUUUUUGGAUGUUACACCGACCGACGCACCAUUUGGUUCUGGAACGCAGCCGUUUAGCACAACAACUGAGACUGUAACUGAAGGAAUCGCUACCUUUUCAAAAGGGUUAGACGUAAUUAACACUACAGAUGAUAUCGUAACCUCAAGCCUGCCAGCCGGACGAUCUGUUAUCUUCCUAAUCUUGUCUCCUGAUAAAAAUAAGCUCGACAUCUACAAAAAAACAAGAGUGGGCUUCGUCAGAAACAAUAGCCCUCAAAACGGCAUGCCUAUUUUCUACUUAGGCGAAAGUUCCAAGGAGCUGGCUGGAGGGUAUUUUCCUCCCGACUCUGUAACCAAGACUUUCGAGGAUUCUGGCCAGCUUGUAUUUAGAAACACGCUUUUACUAAACGGCGAAGCGGGCUUCUACUAA